AUGGAGGAGAGAACUGUUCAAGCAGAGCAGGAAAGACCCCACUCUCGUUUGGAACAGCUACAGCACUGGGCAAGGCACAAGCAGAGUGGGAGCCUCCUAGUGCUGGCGGUGAGCCAAAUAUGGCUGGCGGUGGCUGUCAUGCCUCUUGCUAUCUCAGUUGCCUGCCUGAACACUGUUUGUAACAUGACCACGGCACUACCACUUGGGCCUGGAGCCUUGGGUCUCCUCACUGGUAUUGCUACCCUGGAACUUCGAAGAGUGCCCAGAAUUUGGAAGGUGCAGACCAUGAUGAUACUCAACACCUUCAGUCUAUUCUUGGGCUUCAUCGUGUUGGUGAUUGAGAUGAUGAAGACCUUCUUAGGACCUGUCCCAGAGGCCCCUUUUCAGGCUGGUUUACUGGUGCUGGAACUCAGCAGUGAGGCCUUUACCCUAGGAGGAGUUCUGGUCUCCUCAUACUCUCUAUUCUUGCUGAGCCAGAGGAAGCCAGGAUGCUGUAGGAACCGGACUCUGUACUACCAGGAGCUUCGGGAGGAAGCCUCUGAGUUGGUGGAAGUUCCUGAUUUGGAGAAAAAUCCCAUGGCGGUGGCUGGCACAGCAAACAGAACAAAUGAGACCAGUUCCCCGGCCAUCCUCCUCCGCUCCUGCCUGGGCGCUGCUUGCACUUUCCCCCUUGGACCUCGGGCCGACUCCAAGUCCCAGACUGCCCUGCCUGCCACCCCGCGGGCCUGUCGGGAAAUAAAAAAAGGCGUCUUUUCCCUCUCGAUUGCGGCGGGGGCGCUGUGCGGAGCCUGCGGGGCGGCACCCGGGGGCCCCAUCGGAGCUGAGCAUUCGGGCGGGGGCCGGGGGCCGCCCUCGGCGGAGUCGGGGUGCGCCGGAUGCUGUCGCCGCGCGCCCCCAUCUUCCCCUCGCCCCGGUGCCCAGGUCCGAAGCGCUGAGACUUGGAGCGCGCGCGAGAAAGCGGCUGGAGAUGAUGAGUCAGACACCAGCCCGGGGCCCUCCUCGUCCCCUCCCCCCCGGCCCGGCGGGGGGACUGGACCGGCUCGCGGGGCUGCCCAGUGCCCGGGGGUGGACGCGCAGGCCGCCGCCGCCACCGCGCAGGCCCGGGCCCCUCCUGGCGACCCUUGA